AAAGUAUAUAAUAAGAAAGAAAGUCUGGAUUUUCAGGGAAGGACUCAGGACCUGCGAAUUCUCAGGGAAGGACUCCGGCCAAUUAUAAAUACCUACCUUCUACCUUUCUCUCAAUGCCAUCGCUUCUUGAUUUCUAUUUCUCUAUAUUUCUUUCUUUCUUCACUUUUCUUUUCUUUCUGCAUAGCUUUUUCAGUUUUAGUCUUCUUCCAGGAUGACUAUUCUCAUUCAGCAACCACAGCUUGUUACAGGGUUUGAGGUAGAGGAACAGAAGAUCCCUGUUGAUGAGAAAGAACUGGUGUUGGAUGGUGGAUUUAUGGUGCCACAAGCCAACUCUUUUGGCCUAACUUUUAGAGAUUAUGAUGCUGAAGGUGAAAGGCAACCAGGUGUGGAAAAUUUCUACAAGAUCAAUCACAUUAGCCAGACUUAUGACUUUGUGAAAAGAAUGAGAGAAGAGUAUGGGAAACUGAACAGAGUGGAAAUGAGCAUAUGGGAAUGUUGUGAACUUCUGAAUAAUGUUGUAGAUGAGAGUGAUCCUGACUUGGAUGAACCUCAAAUUGAGCAUUUACUUCAAACAGCUGAAGCCAUUAGAAAGGACUAUCCCAAUCAAGACUGGCUUCACUUGACCGGCCUUAUUCAUGAUCUUGGAAAGGUGCUGCUUCACCCCAGCUUUGGUCAGCUUCCACAGUGGGCUGUUGUAGGUGACACUUUCCCUGUUGGUUGUGCUUUUGACGAAUCAAUAGUCCACCACAAGUAUUUUAUUGAAAAUCCUGACAAUAAUAAUCCUGCUUUCAAUACUAAAUAUGGGGUUUACUCAGAAGGAUGUGGAUUGGACAAAGUUAUGAUGUCGUGGGGACAUGAUGAUUAUAUGUAUCUGGUGGCCAAAGAGAAUAAGACAACCUUACCUUCAGCAGCUCUUUUCGUCAUCAGAUACCAUUCAUUUUAUGCGUUACACAGGUCAGGAGCAUACAAGCACUUGAUGAAUGAAGAAGAUAUUGAAAAUCUGAAAUGGCUUCAAAUAUUCAACAAAUAUGACCUCUACAGCAAGAGCAAAGUUCGCAUUGAUGUGGAAAAGGUCAAGCCAUACUAUCUCUCUCUCAUUGAAAAGUACUUUCCUGCAAAGCUGAAGUGGUGAGUCUUGAAAGAUUUCAAGUUCUAUUAAUAAGAGGAUAUGCUUACCAGCUUGCACAGAUAAAAGAGCUGCAGAAAUUAUAGUUGUUUGCUACUGUAUGAGUUUGCUUCCAAAAAAUAAAGUUGCUUCAAUGCUUUGUAAAUCUCUCUGCAUUGAUGCUUAUGGGUCC